AUGGCGAUUAAAUCAUCAACAGAAAGUUUAUGCAAAGCUACACCAGAAUUACGAAGACACACAACCCCUAAUACAAAUGUCCUGCAGCAGCAGCAGCAGCAGCAGCAGCAGCAGCAGCAGCAGCAGCAGCAGCAGCAGAUAAGCAUAGAGCAGCACGCGCAGCAGGGAUGCAACACUGGAACAAUAUCAUGUGCAAGAAGCAGCAGCAGCAGCAGCAGCAGCAAUGCUAUGGGUGCGGUAGCAAUAGCAGCAACAAUCUACCCGCGCAGAUCAGCAGCAGCAGCAACAGCAGCAACAACAACAGCAGCAGCAGCAACAGCAGCAGAGACUCACCACUUAACAACAGCUGGCCAUUGUUGCUCUGCGAAUGAAGCCAAAUACCUGCAGCAGCAGCAGCAGCAGCAGCAGCAGCAGCAGCAGCAGCGUGACUCAGGAAACAGCAAGACUAUCCCUUAUCAUUACCUAUAA